AUGUCUACUACACUAAGACUGCGUCUUCUCCACUGCUAUUCAAGGCCAGGUAGGCUACAAAUAGAGCAGGUUGGAUAUGAUCUUUGUGUCAUUCGCCCAUUCAGUCUCAGCCUGCAGAGAGAAGGCUACAAGUAUGUAAAUGCUCAGGAGCUGCCGACAGACCUGAGGUCCAUCACUGACCGGGCUGCCACAACCCUCCUUUGGACCGAACUCUUUAGAGGUCUGGCAAUGACUAUGAGUUACCUUUUUCGUGAACCCGCAACCAUCAACUACCCGUUUGAGAAGGGCCCUCUGUCACCCCGCUUCAGAGGAGAGCACGCCCUCCGCCGCUACCCGAAUGGAGAGGAGCGCUGCAUUGCCUGUAAGCUGUGUGAGGCCGUCUGCCCCGCUCAGGCCAUCACCAUUGAAGCUGAGACUCGAGCUGAUGGCAGCAGGAGAACUACACGCUAUGACAUUGAUAUGACCAAAUGUAUCUACUGCGGCUUCUGCCAGGAAGCCUGUCCUGUUGAUGCCAUCGUUGAGGGUCCAAACUUUGAGUUCUCUACAGAGACCCAUGAGGAGCUGCUGUACAACAAAGAAAAGCUGCUCAACAAUGGAGACCGAUGGGAGGCAGAGAUAGCAGCCAACAUACAGGCAGACUACCUGUACAGAUAG